GUGGAGUUCACAGAAAUUCAAACGCAGCGUGCAAUGAUAAACACUGACACCUCAUGUUCGUGGGAUAUCUUCCACGAUGCUUGGCAUGGUAUGGUGUGCGUUUUAAAGUUAACACUGAGUUUAGUUUCACUUUUCAUUUCUCAGUAUAAAUUGAAGCCGAGGUAUGAUGAGUCUGUGAGCCUGCACUGACUUUGGGUGACACAUAGGGAAUCACAAUAAAGAUGGGAAAUGAACAGAGCACACUGGUUCAGAAGGGCUACGUAACUACAGAGAACAAAGAAAAAUAUCUCAUUGCCACAAAGGAAGAUGAUACAUUUUUCAUUAAAAACAUCCCUCUGGAAAGGAUAAAACAAACUGCUUCAGCAUUAACUUCAGAAAUAGACACACUCGUGACAAUAAGCCAUCCACACAUUGUCAGCAGCAAGGAAUAUUUUACAGAUCAAAACUUUUACUAUGUAGUGAUGGACUACUGUCAGGGAGGAACCCUUGAUGCAAAAAUCAGAGGAGGAAGUUCAUUUCAGCAAGAGUUUGAGGUACUGAGCUGCUUUGUUGAGAUCUGUUUGGCUGUGAAAACCAUUCAUGAAAAAGGUUUGCUUCACAAAGAUCUGAAAACAGAGAGCAUAUUCCUCACUGAAUUUGGAAUAGCGUGCUUGGGAGGAUUUGGAAAAAUCCACGAAAACACCAGUUCAGGUCAGGUGGGAAAGAUAAAUUAUCUGGCACCAGAAGUUUUCACAGACGGGACCUAUACUUCAAAGAGUGACAUCUGGUCAUUAGGAUGCAUACUCUUUGAGCUCUGUACUCAAAAGCCAGCGUUCAUGGCAGAGACUACAAUCAAGCUCAUGCCUAAGAUAAUUGGGGGUCCUUACCCAUCUCUCCCAGACCGUUUCUCAGAAAAGCUUUGUGAGCUUUUGAGGGACAUAUUAGUCAAAGACCCUAAGUCAAGACCAACAGCCAAUGAGAUCCUGGCACGUCCCAUUAUUAUCAACUGUCUCUCAACAAAGUGCAAAACAACAGUGGAGGACCUCCAGAUCAAGCUGAAAAAUCUGAGGGCUCUGGCUGAUGGUUUGGAGCGUGUACAUAAGGGCACCACUGUUGGCAGUCUGACAGGAGGAGUGAUUGGAGCAGUGGGAGGGAUCACGUCCAUAGUAGGUCUUAUACUGGCACCAUUCACUUUGGGAGCCUCUCUUAUUGUCACUGGAGUUGGUGUAGGAGUAAGUGUAGCUGGAGGUGCCACUGCUGCUGCCUCGAAUAUCACUAAUAUGGUGAACGAGUCUUCUGACCGCAAAGCUAUUCGAAACAUGAUUAAAGAGUUUGAAAAGAAGAUUAAUGCAGUUGUCUUCUGGCUCCAGCAGAUUGGAAACAGCUUAGAAACAAUCAGAAGUAGUUGUGACUCCGUUAGCACACUUGACAAUAAUAGCACAUUCAAAACAGAAAACCUGGUGAGUCUUGGCUUCAGGGCAGGAAAGGGCCUAGGUGGCAUCGCUGAACUCGUCAGACUAGUUCAAGUAACAAACAUCGGCAAGAUAGCUACACAAGCAUCCAGGGCAGUACUUGUGGCAGAGGUAGCAACAGGUGUGCUUUCUGGUUUAUUUGUAGCAGUGGAUGUUUUCUUCAUUGCCAUGGAUGCUAAAGAGAUCCACCACAUUAGAAAAGCACAGGCAGCAGAGAUGCAACCAGAUGCACCACGUCCAGAGUUACUCUUUGAAAGUGAAAUGAGUGACUUUGUGCCCGCCUCUGACCAAACCACACUGCUGUCUGACUCACUGAUGAAGGAGUCUGAUGUGGUGGAAAAUGAAUCUGAGUCACAGGAUCAGUCUUCAGUCAGAUCUGAGAUCAUGAAAUUCGUUCGAUCAGUCAGGAAUGCAGCAGACAAUUUGGAAAAAGUCUUGAAUGAGCUCAAAACCAUCACCUUGUCGAUCCCUUCACUUGGAUAUAAAUGGGAGGUAGAGUGGCAGGACAUGGAAUUCAGAUAAACCAGAGGGUACAUUCAUUAAACUCAGACACUCUGGUGGACCAUCAUGUGCUGUUACAAAUUGCAGUGCAUUAAUGUUGGUUAAAAUGUGUGUGUGGUCAAGUGGGCAGCAGUGGAACAACUAUCUGUUGUGUUGGUUUGUCAGAAGACCAAAGUUUUCCAAUCAUAUGUGCAGAAACUCUACCUAGUUCAUUCAUUCACUAUGAAGCUGGGUUGAAAUUCUAAGAAAUCAUGAUCCUGUUAUGUGCAUAAUGUAUGAUGACAUGUAUAAUAAUGAUUUUGAAUUUACACUUGAUUGUCAGUAACUUUGUUCAAGAUAUUAUCAUUACAGACAUGUUGAAUGUUUAUUGUCACAUUUACGCAGUGUAUUGCUGUUUUAUUUUGUUUGUAAUUCCUCUUCUUCUCACGGAAGACAUUUAUUGACUUUUUAAACUUAGUAUUGAGUAUAUUUUUCUCCAGGUUCAAUUUUAAUAAUCAAAGAGACUGGUUUUCAAUAUCAUGAGCCAAUGUACAUUUGCUAUAAAGAUAGAAAAGUUGUCAAAAUGGGUUGAAUGUCAAGUAUUAAUAUUUGAUAAAAGAGAACACUUAAUAAUAUUUUACUAAAGAGCUUUUCUGCUCUUAUAUCAUUACAAAGUAUAUAAUUAGGCAUUGUUCUCAUUCGCAUCUAUCACAGGACUGACACAGAGAGACAGGCAACCAUUCACACUCACACCUACAGCCAAUUUAGAAUCACCAUUGAACCCAACGAGCAUGUCUUUGGAGGGUGGGAGUACCCCUAAUUAGACAUUGUAAUUAGUUAUAAAAUAGACUAUUUAUUCUGUACUUAACAUCUAUAAACUGUAAGUAAUGUGGUGGUUAGCUUUGAUGCCUUACAGCAAAUCCAGGCCUUUCUGGGUUUCUCCCUCUGUCUGCAUACUCCUGCUUCCUCCCAUCGUCCAAAGACAUGCUUGUUAGUUUCACUGGUGAUUCUAGUAGGUGUGAGUGUGAAUGGUUGUCUGUCUCUCUGUGUCAGUCCUGAGAUAUGCCAGAGACAUGUCCAGUCCAGGUAAACUUCAUGAAAGCCAGAGCUUUGAAAGCAUCCUGUCAAGAAGCUAAGCUUUAGAUGUUUGGUGUUUAAUAACUUAAAGUUUUGGAGUUGAAAUGAUUUAUGGUUGCAAUGUGUGACUGUGUUUGAGUCAACCCCAUCUAAUGGCUGUGAUGGGAGAUAAAUAAAGGUGACACUGCCUGGAGGGUGUGGCCAGAGCAGGAAAAGACA